AUGAAAGUUCGGAUAGACGAUCAUCCAUACGCCCGUAUCCAGGACUACUUCGAUCAAGUCGCUGAUAAGAUCAAAGCUGUCAAGGAUCGCGGUGGUAAAACGCUGGUUCAUUGUAUGGCUGGUGUGUCCCGUUCUGCGUCUCUCGUGAUGAUCUACCUCGUAAAACAUGAACGUAUGACGUUACGACAAGCAUAUCACUAUGUACGAUCGGCACGGCCGGUAAUACGACCAAAUGUGGGCUUCUGGAAACAGAUGGUCGACUUUGAAAGGAGACUUCGAGGUGUUGCCUCGGUUACGAUGGUGAUGACGAAUCAGUGCGAUCUGCCAAUUCCUGACAUCUACGUUGAUGAUCUGAAAAGAGCUCAAGAACGUGAACAACUUCAGAAAUCCACUACCACCAGCAACGGAAGCUCAUCGUUGAUUCGACCGCCCGUGCCGGUGUUGUCGUCAACGAAACGCCGUGGAUAUUCAGCCAGGUGA